AUGAUUGGUAUUGGGUUUUCGCCGUCUAUUGCUACAUAUAACAAGGUUGUUAGUGCAUAUUGCAAUUAUGAGAAGGUUGAGGAGGCUUUGGGGAUUUUGAGGGUCAUGGCUAAGAGGGGUUUAUCCCCUGAUGUUGUUAGUUAUAGCACUGUUAUAUCCGGAUUUUGCCAAAUCGGGAAACUGGGAAGGCGUGAAUUCAGUAUGGCUUUUUAUUUGCAUGAUGAAAUGGCUUUUACAUUGCAUCACGAAAUGACACACCAUGGUUCUUUGCGAGAUUCUGUUAUCUUUAGUGUGCUUAUUAAUGGACUUGAGAAGAAAGCUAGGACAAGAGAAGCUAAGGUGACCCUUCUGUCGAUGAUUGGUGAAGUGUAUCUUUCUAUUCCAACUUAUAUAACAUGUGAUACUUUGAUAGAGAACUGCAGUAAUAAUGAAUUUAAGAGUGUGGUAGGGCUUUUCAAAGGUUUCAGCAUGAGGGGUUUAGUGAAUGAAGCAGCUGUUAGGAACGUUGGCCCAAUAGCUGAUCCACAAGAGAUUCUAGUUAAUCAUGAGGUGGCAGGCUCAAGGGUAUGGAGAGUUUAUUCUAGAAGGGGCAAGAAAGGGAUUCCUAACAAAUUGGUCCGACCUACCGGAUUCUUUCGACGGAACCAGUGGAUGCCAACCAAGAAGACCAAGCAAACGGUUACUCACAUGGAGGCGAAAAUUGACGCUUUAGAGAACGAGCUCGUAGAGAUGCGAUCCUCGCUGGCGGCAGUUACAACGGCGGUCAAGGACCUGCCAACAUCGCUGGUGGCGAUGAUGGAGAAAUCCAUGGGCAAAACUCACCAGACAGAGGAAGCGAGUGUCAAUCACGAUCUGGGAGGUGUUUCUGGCAUCAAAACGGGACUACAAACACAGACUCCGACCUUGAGUUCAGGAGGAGAAAAGGAGCGCAGGAUUCACCAAUUGCACAGGGAAGCCUUAACGGAAUUCCCCAAUCAGUAA